AAUACAAAUAUUUAAAAAAAUAAUGUAAGAUAUAACUAAUAACCUUGCUAAGGAUUAAGGAUUAAACCACAAUGAACGUUGUAUACAUUUCAGUUACUAUUUAAAAUAUUGUUUUUCAUAUAGAAUUUCUUUAUUGUUAUUGUUUGGAAAAUAAUUAACAUGUACAAGAAACCAUUUUACAUAUGCCUUUUCAUAGAAUUUUUACUUUUACUCACUACGGCAAGUGCUAAAAAUAACCAAAAUCAAGUUCGACUUCAAAAACUUAACGAUUGUCGCCGAUGUCAGAUUUUUAGCGACUCCUUUAUACAUUGGUUUGAGAAAACAUCUCGUGGUAAAUUUGAUGGUGGAGAUGUAGCUUGGGAAGAAACAAAACUAAAAUCAUAUGCUCAGAGUGAGAUAAGAUUGGUAGAAAUUCAGGAAAACCUUUGUUCAGAAUUAAGUAGACAUAUGGAUGAAUGUUAUUCAGUUGCUGAAGAAGCAGAAUAUUUAGUGGAGACAUGGUGGUCAGAAGGAAAUUAUCAAAUAUCAGAAUUUUAUUCUUGGCUCUGUUUGGAAAACCUAAAGUCUUGUUGUCCUAAGCAUCAUUAUGGUGCAGAUUGUACCCCAUGUCCUUUAGAUAAAGAUGGAAAUAUCUGUAGCAAUCAAGGGACUUGUCAUGGAGAUAGCACUCGCAAAGGUAAUGGAACCUGUAUCUGUGAUGCAGCUUUUACUGGUCAAUUUUGUAAUCAUUGUGCUAGUAAUUAUUAUAGAACUAAGGAAACUGAAUGUAUGCCCUGCCAUAAAUCAUGCCAGGAAUGUUAUAGUUAUGGUAGUAAUAUGUGUAAAGUAUGUGCUGUUGGUUGGGAACUAAUAACUGAUAGUUGUACUGAUAUUGAUGAAUGCCAAUUAGAUACUGUGUGUAAAAAUAACCAAUAUUGUAUCAAUAGUGAAGGUUCAUUUUCUUGCAAAUACUGUGAUGCUUCUUGUUUUACUUGCAUUGGUUCUGGUUCCUAUAACUGUACAGCUUGUAGGCCAAAUGAGGAACUAUGGUCUGGUAAAUGUAUAGAUAAAAAAAUGGUGAAUAAUCUCUUAUUAAAUGCAGAUAAAAGAUUAUUUAUGUAUAGUUUCUUAAAUAUUCUUAUGUUUUUAUUUUACCGAAGAACAAAAACUUUAGCAAUUGGUAUUAGUGUUUUAGUCUCAAUUUUAAUAUUUAAACUAGAAACUGGGGCAGAUAUCACUAUUAAGGAUUCAAUCACAAACCAUAUUGUGACAUGGCUUUGAAUUGAAACUUCAUUCAAGCUUAGAAAAUAAUUCAAGUCAAAAGCAUGUAAAAGGUGUAUUAAAAAUACAUUUAUUGUGAAAGGUUCAUAACUACAUUUUAGUAUCAAUUAUAUACAAAAAUUAAAUACAAAAUCCAAAUAAUACAAACUAUCUUAUAAAUAUCCAUACCGCAAUAACAAAAAUCUUUAAUUGUUUAUAGUAUGGGUAACCAGGGCUGAAACUAAUGCUUUGUUACAUAAAAUAAAAGAUAUUCAAUUGCUUGGCUGCUUCAUUGGCAUUUCAAUAUUCAUCACUGGUGUGUAAAGAGGUUAAAAUAUAUGUUUUGUGGUAUAUAAAUUAAAUACAUAAGGAGUUUCAAAUGACUACUAUGUCAUUUGACUAAUGUAGAACAAUGUGGUAAAAAGAAAUACAUGAAAUGCAAUUUGCCUGACCUGUAAUAAUAAAGUAACAUAUUAUAAUGCUAACUUGUUACCGAUGCCAAAUAACUUGUGUUGUAAUAUAAAUGUAUAAAUUAUAUUAAAAUAGAUUAAGGAAACAGCCACAAUACACUGGACACCUUUAAUAUUAAGAAUUAUAUGCUUUUACGAUGUGAAUAAUGUUUUUUUCUUAUUCAAGUUGUUUUGACCACUACAAAGUAUUCCUUUCAAUAAUGUCCAGUGCAAUAUUAUGUUUAUACAAAUACUGCAAAAUCCUAUAAAAGUGAAAUACUACAGUCCUAGUAUUACUUUGUGUAAAAGCUGUCAGAAAAUAAUGGUGACAUUGAUAAAGCUAGAAUGGUAGGAAAGUACAUUAAUAUCCUAAAAAUCAAUUAAUAUUACUACAGUUUGCAUUUACGAUAUUUUAAAACUAGGUAGGCCUCUACAUUGUGGUAUACAUUUUAUAUUAAGAUAAAAAAGAUGUUUUAUAUAAUUUAUGGCAAUCACGUGAUGUUUUAAAAAUAUAUUUGUAGGUAUCAUGACAAUUUUUAAAGGAUUGUAUUAAUUAAAAAUACUUUUUAACUAAUAAAAGUGCCAAUUUUAAGGACACAACAACAGUUGGGUGGUAAGAUUUCAAUUUUGUUCUUCACAUGCUUAAUGAUGUUAUAAAUAAUAAUUAUUAAUUUAAUAAACCUGUAAUUACUGGAUAUUGUCAACAUGAAAUUAUGUAAAUUAAGAUGCAGUAAACAAGGUCUUUGGUGAUUGUAGAAA